UUGGGUUCCCCGAUCAGUUGUGUCUUGUGCGUUGUGCGGUGAAGUUGCGCCUUCGUUCUGAAAAUCUGAAAAGCCAGCAAAGAUACUCGGACUGUGCGGUGCAUCCUUCUCCAGCUUGAGAUCCACUUCCAGAAUCAGCCUUAGCUUUUGACCCAACAAAUCACCACCUCACUUCGAAAAUGAGAGAAAUUGUCCAUCUGCAGGCCGGCCAAUGCGGCAACCAAAUCGGCGCUAAGUUCUGGGAGAUCAUUUCCGAAGAACAUGGCAUCGACAGCAAUGGCAUCUAUGUGGGCGACAGUGACCUUCAGCUGGAGCGCGUUAGUGUCUACUACAACGAGGCAUCGGCAGUCACGGCGUCGUCGGGUGGCAAAUAUGUGCCCAGGGCCAUUCUGCUCGAUCUGGAACCGGGCACUAUGGAGUCGGUGCGAUCGGGUCCCUACGGACAGCUCUUCCGGCCGGACAACUUUGUGUACGGACAGUCGGGAGCGGGAAACAACUGGGCCAAGGGUCAUUACACCGAGGGUGCCGAACUGGUGGAUAAUGUUCUGGAUGUGGUGCGCAAGGAGUGUGAGAACUGCGACUGCCUGCAGGGCUUCCAACUGACGCACUCGCUGGGCGGCGGAACUGGCUCCGGCAUGGGCACCCUGCUGAUCUCGAAGAUCCGCGAGGAGUACCCCGAUCGCAUAAUGAACACCUACUCGGUGGUGCCCUCGCCCAAAGUCUCUGACACUGUGGUGGAGCCCUACAAUGCCACCCUGUCGAUCCAUCAGCUGGUGGAGAACACAGACGAGACGUACUGCAUCGACAACGAGGCGCUGUACGACAUCUGCUUCAGGACUCUGAAGGUCUCGAAUCCCAGCUACGGAGACCUGAACCAUCUGGUUUCGCUGACCAUGUCCGGUGUGACCACCUGCCUCCGCUUCCCCGGCCAACUGAAUGCCGAUCUCCGCAAGCUGGCCGUCAACAUGGUUCCAUUCCCGCGUCUGCACUUCUUCAUGCCCGGCUUCGCUCCACUCACCUCGCGGGGAUCCCAGCAGUACAGGGCCCUCACCGUUCCCGAGCUGACCCAGCAGAUGUUCGACGCCAAGAACAUGAUGGCCGCCUGUGAUCCUCGACAUGGUCGCUACCUCACGGUGGCCGCCGUCUUCCGUGGUCGCAUGUCCAUGAAGGAGGUGGACGAACAAAUGCUGGCCGUGCAGAACAAGAAUAGCUCGUACUUCGUGGAGUGGAUCCCGAACAAUGUGAAGACAGCCGUUUGCGAUAUUCCGCCCAAGGGUCUGAAGAUGUCGUCGACCUUCAUCGGUAACACCACGGCCAUCCAGGAGCUGUUCAAGCGGAUCUCCGAGCAGUUCUCGGCCAUGUUCCGGCGCAAGGCCUUCUUGCAUUGGUACACCGGCGAGGGCAUGGACGAGAUGGAGUUCACCGAGGCGGAGAGCAACAUGAACGACCUGGUGUCGGAGUACCAGCAGUACCAGGAGGCCACCGCCGACGACGAGUUCGAUCCGGAUGUUAAUCAGGAGGAGGUCGAGGGCGAUUGUAUUUAAUGGUGUGGCCAGAGGAAUGAGGGGCGUGCGUGACGGAGGUCCUCGGAAGGAUGUCCUGUUUCUGCGCGGCAUGCGGCACCAGCUGGCGGCCAAGCACUGCAGUAUCCUUUGACCCCCGU